AUGUCCGCCCCGAAAGAGGCCGCCGGAGGCUUCCCUCAGCGGCGACAGCCUCUUCUCCCCGCUGCGGCAUCCUGGGGGCCUGGUUGUCCCCCAAGCUGGCAGCAGCGUUUGCUGCAGGUCAGACCUUUAGAACGUUCCAGUGAAGAUGUAGAUAUAAUAUUCACUCGACUGAAAGAAGUGAAAGCUUUUGAGAAAUUUCAUCCAAACCUCCUCCAGCAGAUAUGUCUCUGUGGAUAUUAUGAAAAUCUGGAAAAAGGAAUCACAUUAUUCCGUCAGGGUGAUAUUGGGACGAACUGGUAUGCUGUUCUGACAGGAUCACUGGAUGUGAAGGUUUCUGAUACAAGCAACCACCAGGAUGCUGUGACAAUAUGCACUCUGGGAAUAGGAACUGCUUUUGGAGAGUCCAUUCUGGAUAACACUCCUCGCCAUGCUACCAUCGUUACCAGAGAAUAUAGUGAGCUCCUUCGAAUUGAGCAGAAGGACUUCAAAGCACUUUGGGAGAAAUAUCGACAGUAUAUGUCUGGACUUCUCACUCCUCCUUAUGGUGUUAUGGAAACCGGCUCCAACAAUGACAGAAUGCCAGAUAAGGACAGUAUGUCAGGCAGUGCUCUUUGCCAAGUUUCUAAAAAUUGUAAUAAG